CUAGGACCUCGUACCUAGAACACCUCUGCCUUGACACUUGUGCAGACUCAGACCAUAAAAACACUGCUAAGGAGUGCUAAAGUGGCAAUGAAACAGCCCAACAGGAAGAGGAAGCUCAGGAUGGAUUCCAAAGAGCGUUUGAAUCAGGAUGGAUGCUUGGAGCAAGCUGAAGAAGAAAAGAAGCCCAGGGAUGGCGUGACCCCUCUGAGUCACGCCCCUGCGGUGGCCACGCGUGAGGCCUGGUCUUGGGAGCAGUACUUGAAGGAACAGGAGGCCGUGGCAGCGCCCGUUGAGCUGUUUUCCAAGGGCCAGUCCUUUCCGGAGCGUGAAAAUGGUUUUCAGGUUGGAAUGAGAUUAGAAGGCAUUGACCCCCGUCAUCCAUCUGUGUUUUGUGUGCUUUCUGUAGCUGAGGUGUGUGGUUACCGUCUAAGACUUCAUUUUGACGGUUAUUUAAGCUGCUAUGAUUUUUGGACUAAUGCUGGUUCCCCUGACAUUCAUCCAGUAGGGUGGUGUGAAAAGACCAAACAUGAAUUACACAUCCCUAAGGGUUAUAGAAAAGAUAAAUUUGUUUGGAUGGAUCACUUGAAGGCCUGCAAAUUGCAAAAUGCUCCCAAGAAAUUAUUCAGAAACAGAAAUUCUAACGGGCCAAUACCUAAGGAAUUUCAGGUUGGAAUGAAGCUGGAGGCUGUCGACAGGAAGAACCCUUCCUUGGUGUGUGUGGCAACCGUAGCAGAUAUUGUUGGAGAUCGCUUGCUAGUGCAUUUUGACAAUUGGGAUGAUAGUUACGAUUACUGGUGUGAUGUCAAUAGUCCUUAUGUUCAGCCAGUUGGUUGGUGUCAGGAGCAUGGAAGAACUCUGAUAGCACCCCAAGGUUAUCCUGAGCCAGAAAAAUUUUCCUGGACAGAAUAUCUGGAAGCUACUCGAACUAAUGCAGUACCGGCCAAAGUUUUUAAAGUGCGCUUGCCCCAUGGUUUUCUCCCGAAUAUGAAACUUGAAGUCGUGGAUAAACGAAACCCCAGGUUAAUUCGUGUUGCUACGAUUAUAGAUGUUGAUGACCAAAGAAUAAAGGUCCAUUUUGAUGGCUGGGACCACAAAUAUGACUACUGGAUGGAUACAGACAGCCCUGACAUUCACCCAAUCGGAUGGUGUGACGUCACAGGUCAUCCCCUGGAAGUGCCACAUCGGGCAAAUGAUGUGAAAAUCCUUCCAGGUCAAGCUGUUUGUCCCACUCCAGGGUGCCGAGGGAUAGGCCAUAUCCGUGGUCCGCGGUAUUCAGGACAUCACAGUGCCUUUGGCUGCCCAUAUUCGGACAUGAACUUGAAAAAGGAGGCAACGCUUCACGAUCGUCUGCGAGAACAAACACAGGCAAAUGUGGACUCAGACUCCGCACAUUCAAAAUCGAAAAACCUCUGUAGUUUGAAGUUCAAUGGAAAACAUGAAAAGGUGAACAGCCAGUCCAGACUUGUACAGCAGGCAAAGUGUUUGAAAAUCAAAGGAAAAGAAGAUAUUGACUUGGAUAUUCUCUUCAGAGAGCACUCGGCCGCGCGGACGCAGCAGGCCCUGCACCAGUCGGUCUUCAUGUCGUCCCCGUCCGCGCAGCCUUUCGGGGACCUUCCCCUGGGCCGCGAACAGCACCUCAAGCUGCUCCCCGGCGUGGCCGACGUGCGGGCUGGCGAGGUGGCCCGGUGGACGGUGGAUGAGGUGGCUGAGUUCGUACGGUCUCUGCUGGGCUGCGAAGAGCAUGCCAAGUGCUUCAAGAAAGAGCAGGUUGAUGGCAAAGCCUUCCUGCUCCUGACACAGAAGGACAUCGUCCAGGUGAUGAAGAUCAAACUGGGUCCAGCCCUGAAGAUUUAUAACUCCAUCCUCAUGUUCAGGAGCUCCCAGGACCUCGCCAGGGAAGGUGCAGUCUCGGGCCAGGAAGGCAGGGGGAAACUCUGCACCUGAUGGGCUGCGGCCACCACGCCUUGUUCUCUCAG